AUGCAGCAUGAUGCUGCUAGCAUCCAGGGAUCAGCUGGAAGGUAUGACAAAAUCUUGGUCGGGAUGGAGAACGCCGUGAACGGAGAGCACCUGUGGCUGGAGACCAACGUCUCAGGAGACCUGUGCUACUUGGGAGAGGAGAACUGCCAAGUCAGAUUUGCAAAAUCGGCUCUCAGGAGGAAGUGUGCGGUCUGUAAGAUCGUGGUCCACACCGCCUGCAUUGAACAGCUAGAAAAGAUUAAUUUCAGAUGUAAACCAACGUUUCGAGAAGGGGGCUCAAGAUCGCCGAGAGAAAAUUUUGUGCGUCAUCACUGGGUGCACAGGCGUCGGCAGGAGGGGAAAUGUAAGCAGUGUGGUAAGGGCUUCCAGCAAAAAUUCUCCUUCCACAGUAAAGAGAUUGUGGCUAUCAGCUGUUCCUGGUGCAAGCAGGCGUUUCACAAUAAGGUGACCUGCUUCAUGCUGCAUCACAUUGAGGAACCCUGCUCCCUGGGGGCUCAUGCUGCUGUCAUCAUCCCGCCCACCUGGAUCAUUAAGGUGAAGAAACCUCAGAACUCCCUGAAGGCUUCAAAUCGGAAGAAGAAGAGAACAAGCUUUAAAAGAAAAGCCAGUAAAAGAGGAACUGAACAGGAAAACAAAGGUCGUCCUUUUGUGAUAAAACCUAUCUCUUCUCCACUCAUGAAACCCUUGCUUGUGUUUGUGAACCCCAAGAGUGGAGGCAACCAGGGAACCAAAGUCCUGCAGAUGUUCAUGUGGUACCUGAAUCCACGGCAAGUCUUUGAUCUUUCUCAGGAAGGGCCAAAAGAUGCGCUUGAGUUGUAUAGGAAAGUACCAAAUCUGCGGAUUCUGGCCUGUGGUGGGGAUGGAACGGUGGGCUGGAUCCUUUCUAUCCUGGAUGAACUGCAGCUGAGCCCUCAGCCUCCUGUCGGGGUCCUUCCUCUGGGCACUGGGAAUGACCUGGCUCGAACUCUCAACUGGGGAGGGGGCUACACUGAUGAACCAGUUUCUAAGAUCCUUUGCCAAGUAGAAGAUGGGACAAUCGUACAGCUAGAUCGCUGGAAUCUGCAUGUGGAAAGAAACCCAGACUUGCCUCCAGAAGAACUUGAAGAUGGUGUAUGUAAGCUUCCUCUGAAUGUUUUCAAUAAUUACUUCAGCCUUGGAUUUGACGCCCACGUCACACUGGAGUUCCAUGAAUCCAGAGAAGCAAAUCCAGAGAAAUUCAACAGUCGUUUUCGAAAUAAAAUGUUCUAUGCAGGGGCAGCUUUUUCUGAUUUCCUACAGAGAAGCUCUAGAGAUCUUUCCAAACACGUUAAAGUUGUCUGUGAUGGAACAGAUCUCACCCCAAAGAUUCAGGAACUGAAGUUCCAGUGUAUAGUAUUUUUAAAUAUACCCAGAUAUUGUGCUGGCACAAUGCCCUGGGGGAACCCAGGAGAUCACCAUGACUUUGAACCUCAGCGUCAUGAUGAUGGUUAUAUUGAAGUCAUUGGAUUCACCAUGGCCUCUUUGGCUGCCCUGCAAGUCGGGGGCCACGGAGAAAGGCUGCACCAGUGUCGGGAGGUCAUGCUGCUAACUUACAAACCCAUCCCCAUGCAAGUGGAUGGGGAGCCCUGUAGGUUGGCCCCGGCUAUGAUUCGGAUCUCCUUGAGGAAUCAGGCCAACAUGGUACAGAAGAGCAAGAGGAGAACGUCCAUGCCUUUGCUCAAUGACAUCCAUCAGGUGCAAGCUGCAGAUCUGCGGAGAGUGUCUGCUCCCCCUGGCUCCUUCACCAUUCCCCAGUCUGUCCCAGACCGCCUGAGGAUCCGGGUGAACAAAAUCAGUUUACAAGACUAUGAAGGAUUCCACUAUGACAAAGAGAAACUCCGGGAAGCUUCCAUCCCUCUGGGUAUUCUAGUUGUGCGUGGAGACUGUGAUUUGGAGACUUGCCGUAUGUACAUAGAUCGCCUACAGGAGGACCUGCAGUCAGUUUCUUCUGGCUCCCAGAGAGUUCAUUACCAGGACCAUGAAACCUCCUUCCCCAGGGCACUCUCAGCUCAGAGGCUCUCCCCUCGGUGGUGCUUUCUAGAUGCAACUUCUGCUGAUCGCUUUUAUCGAAUAGACAGAUCUCAGGAACAUUUGCACUUUGUGAUGGAGAUUUCCCAAGAUGAGAUUUUUAUUCUGGACCCAGAUCUGGCGUUGUCACAGCAGGCAGGGACCCCUCCAGGAAUGCCUGAUCUGGUGGUAGAGCAAGCCUCGGGAAUGUCAGACUGGUGGAAUCCUGCCCUGCGGAAACGCAUGCUGAGUGAUAGCGGGCUGGGAAUGAUAACUCCGCAUUAUGAGGACUCAGACAUGAAAGAUCUUAGCCACUCCCGUGUGCUACAGUCACCAGUCUCUUCAGAAGAUCACGCAAUUUUGCAGGCAGUAAUAGCUGGUGAUCUUAUGAAGCUAAUAGAAAGCUAUAAAAACGGAGGCAGCCUGCUAAUUCAGGGACCAGACCACUGUUCACUCCUUCACUACGCAGCUAAAACCGGUAACGGGGAGAUUGUGAAGUACAUCCUUGACCAUGGACCUUCUGAGUUAUUGGAUAUGGCAGACAGCGAAACGGGUGAGACUGCACUGCACAAGGCUGCCUGCCAGCGGAACCGGGCCGUGUGCCAGCUUCUGGUAGACGCAGGAGCAUCUCUGAGAAAGACGGAUUCCAAGGGUAAGACACCUCAAGACAGAGCACAGCAGGCUGGAGACCCAGAUUUGGCUGCUUACCUAGAAAGCCGCCUGAACUAUAAGAUCAUUGGCCAUGAGGACCUGGAAACUGCUGUUUGACUCUAGUAGACAGGCAACGAGAACCUGCGUGAGCAUAUCACCUGUGCCCUUCCCGGCGAUCGGGCAGCUCCCCUGGAAGAAGCUGAUGGAAUCCAUGAAUCUGUCUCCUGCAAGAAUCUAUCUGAGACCAUGCCACCAGUUUUUAAGGGCUACCAAGAUGUACAACAGAACAUGAUAGCCCACUGAGGAUGAGGCAGGGAUACCUGGAGAUUUGUGGAAUACGAGUUCCACAAAAUUUGAUCCUUAUUGCUUCCAGCAAGUAGCAUGAACUUCUGUGUUCACCUGUAUAAUUUAUUUUAAAGAUUCAAAGGAUAUUUGUAUAAAUGGCACUGCUCCCUCUGCCCCUAUGCAUUCAUCUUUCCACUGUACUGCACAAUUCUACUGUAAUUACCCAUCAAUUUAAAAAAUAUGAUAUGAUCUGUUCUCUUUACAUUCAGUCUUUGAAGACCACAAGACUGUCUGAAGGUCUUUUAAAACCCUCUGAUUGUCCUGCAGAAAUAUAAUUGUCAAACCGCUUCAAUUUCCAAGACUAAAUAUACCAAGAUUGCUUAGUGACUUUUUGCACGUCUCCCAUCCCUCCCCAAUCCCUUUUCAUUAUAUAGGAGCUGGGAAGUGCCACAUGGAUAAUGUCAACUUGUGUGCUGUAUCUCUGAGGUAUGGUGAGGUGGCAUGGGAGUUGUCUGUCUGCAGAGGUACCUCAGAGAGGUCACCCAGGGGUCAGCCCCUGUCACGGGCUGUUGCCAAUAGCCAUCAAGGACUGGGUCGGCUUGGGCUGUUUGUUCAGCUCCAUACUGCCUAUGUGUAGCCAUCUUUGCCUUUUGCUGCAAUAGAGAUGAGCAAUGGAUUAAACAAAGGCCCAUAGCUAGUUUGCAGGACCACUCAACUUUAAGUGCUGUUUAAAUUGCAGAGCAGAAAACCAUGUGUGGGAACUGUGGUUACAGGAAAUGGAGCACUAUGACAGCAUUUACUUCUAGACUUUUUUGAGUGAUAAUAGAAAGCAGGCUAAUCAACUUGAAAUAAAACAGCAAAAGCAAAAGUAGCAACAUAUGUCAAAAUAACUCACUUAAGCAAGAAAACAGUCACUGGAAUGUUGCACAGAGGCUAAUAAGUAUAGACUCUUGGGUACAGCGGUGAGAGGGGACCCAUUUUAGGUUUUCCUUCUAAGUUUUUGGUUUUCAUUAACCCAAGUAAGCUUGUCCCAAGGACAAAGCCUCAUUUAAUGAAUUUCACUGCCAGAUUUCCGGGAUGCUGGAUCUUUCUGAUGGAUGCCUCACCUAUUACUUGUGAGGUCCUAAGGUCAUACCUGAUAGCACUCUGGUCCCAUUUUUCAUGUGUGGGGUAGUCUAAUAUAUUCUUUUCUCUAUUUUCCCCUACCAGAAAGUUCUUAGUACAAACCACUG